AUGGCAACACAGUUUUAUUUGACGUUGCCGAGUAAUAGUUCCAUAAAAUAUUUCCCAAAUAAUACCGUGGCAAAUUUCAGAGUGAAAUUAGCCGAAGCAAUCGUUUUGCCAGGACAGUGGGAAGUUGCAUUGAUCGGACUGCAUUUUCCGUACACGUGGAGUACGAUACGAAAAGGAGUACAACAAACGUUUCUAUAUAAAAAUGGCAGUAGCCCUUAUCAAACUGUCGUGCUUAAAGACACACAUUAUUCUUCUAUUGACCAACUAACAAAAGCACUAAAUGCCAGCAUGUCAAAAGAAGAACAAACGAAAGUAAAGUUUAGUUAUAUUCGCAGUUCUUGCAAAGUUUUGGUUGAUGUAAAACACGGCACAACUGUUUGGGUUACCGGUGACAUAGCAACGAUUUUGGGAUUUGACCAGGACACUCUCAUUGAAAAGAAAACCUUGAGUCCGUAUGUUGCAGAUAUCAAUGGUGGGUUUUCCUCCAUGUAUGUCUACAGCGAUAUCGUUGAUGUUCAGUUUGUAGGCGAUGUCAAAGUUCCGCUAUUAAGGAUCGUAAACAUAGAAGGGGAAUAUGGUAAAAAUAUUCAUGCGAGUUUUCGCAAUUUGCAAUACGUCCCAGUGAAAGUCAAUUCCUUUGAAAGUAUCGAAAUCCAUAUAAAGAACGACAGAGACGAAAGUGUCUCAUUUGCCUCUGGAAAGUCAAUCGCAACACUUCACUUUAGACAGAAGAGAUCUCAGUACUUUGUUUAA